AUGUCGAAUUUACCUUUUCGACAAAUAUUAUCAGACGAGGAGACGAGGGACCUUGAAACCGUUGACGUAUAUGUUGCCGACAUUGAACCCAAAGAGACAGAAAACGUGCUAAAGUUCAUCAAGAAAAAUUUACCAUCGCUUUUCCUAAAUUUAAAUCAUGUCAAACGAGUUAGAAAGAUUUAUAAUGAUGAAAAAGAUAAAGGAAAAGGAUUCACCCUCACAAUUCUCUUUUGUCUUACCACUGUGAUCUCGCUUGCUGAUCUUCAAGCUCUGCUUGCUUCCAACGAAUUCGAUAAACUAAUACCACGAUUACGCGUUGUAAAGGUUUCAAAGUAUCCACCAAUUACACGAGCACAAUUUGAUGCGUGGAAACAAUUAUGGCCUUUGAAUUUUCGUGAACCUAAAAAAGCAAUAGAACUCGCACAAUUAGCUAAGUCAAAAGGAGAGAUACCAAUUGGAUGUGUGGUGGUAGACCCACGUACAAAUACUAUUCUUGCGGAAUGUCAUGAUACCCGCGCAUCAACACGACAUCCACUUUGUCAUUCCGUGUUAAAUUGUAUUAAUGCCGUAGCAAAUUCAGAAAUAUCUUCAAGACAACCUAAAAAUGCGAAUGAGGAGCCUAUGUGCUCGAUGGCACUUGUUCAUUCACGUAUCGGUCGAGUAUUUUAUGCGAAAGAAAAUCCAAAUUCUGGUGGCCUUGGCUCCACAUACAAGAUACAUACUCAUUCUUCACUCAAUCAUCAUUUUCAAGUGUUCGUGUGGGAUAAUAUAGUAGAUGCUCGAAUAGAAACACUCAACCAAAUAGAUACCUAG